GAAAGCAGUGUCGUGUGAGCGAGCCCGGUGCCUUUGCGCCGCCGUCAAAUCGCGCGCCACCGCACCAUGCCUGCGAGUCCCGUGCUGGUGAUAGCCGCCGCCGUUUACGCCGCCCUCGGGGCCGCUGUGCCGCCGACGGAUCCCGCCACCGCCCCCUGCGCCAUCCUCGAAGAGCGCUGCCAGUGCACCCCGGACCUGCAGGAGUUCGUCUGUCGCACAGCCGGCUUCACCGAGGUGCCGCACCUGCCCUAUUCCAUCACUAAACUGGACCUAACAAGCAACAAUAUCACAUCUCUAAACGAAACGUCGCUGUCCCCGUACACACAUAUGGAAGAAUUGACCCUUUCGGAAAACAAACUGGAAUUCAUCCACCCUAAAUCAUUUGCGAAGAACAUCCAGCUAAAAAGAUUACUUUUGCAAGGCUGCGGUCUCGUCGACAUCCCCAUCGAAGCCCUCCGCCCCCUCAGCAAGCUCCAAACUUUGCAUCUGGGCAAUAACGAAAUCUGGAAACUGGAUGGAACCACUUUCCAGCAGGUUCCUGCACUGCGCAGCUUGCGUCUGGACGGCAACCGUCUGCGCGGUGUUCCUUCGGAGGCAUUGACCGGUCUCCCACACCUUGAGGUCCUGAAUAUUGGAAAUAAUUUGAUCGCCAGCCUUCCUGUGGCCGCAUUUCCACCACUCGACAAGCUGGUUGUUUUAUUGAUGAAACGUAACCAGAUCAGUGAGAUAGCUGAGGAAGCUUUUGCCAACUUGACAUCUUUAAAAGUUUUGGAACUCGACGACAAUUUCCUAACACAGAUACCUACAGCCGUCACGAAGCUUGCCAAACUACAGGAACUGUCGAUAUCUGGUAAUCGCAUCAAGUAUAUCCGUGGGGGAUUAUUGCAGAAGACGCCCGCAUUAGCCCUCCUAGAGCUCAAAGGAAAUCCUUUGACAGGAGUGGACGCCCACGCAUUCUCUUUCCUGCCGCGACUCCGAAAGCUGAUUCUAUCUGAAGCCAGAGAAUUGUCGACGUUUCCCAACUUAAACGGCACGACGGCCUUAGAGAUACUGAGGUUGGAUAGGGCAGGGAUUUCCUCUGUUCCUUCCUCUUUAUGUACGACUUGUCCCAGACUUAAAAGCUUGGAUCUCAAAUCGAAUAAGCUCAAGACGAUACCGGAUCUCAACAACUGUAGAGAAAUGAGGGUCCUAGAUUUGGCCAGCAAUCACAUCCGGUCACUGGAAAACAGGCCAUUUCGUGGCAUGUACCAAAUGCACGACCUACUCUUAGCUCACAACGAAAUCCAAUACAUCCCACAAGACGCCUUCCACAAUCUCUCCAGACUUCAAGUUUUGAACCUUGAAGAUAAUCAGAUUUCGUUUAUACACCCGGACGCGUUCCUACCAAUUUCGAAAAUCGAGGAUUUGAAUUUGGGACAAAACGUAUUCCCCCAUCUGCCGUCAGCUGGCCUGGAACGACUGUUACACUUAAAGACUUUCAAUAAUCCGAACCUACGCGAAUUUCCACCACCGGAAGAGUUUCCAAGGAUUCAGACUUUGGUGUUGGCUUAUGCAUACCAUUGUUGCGCUUUUUUACCCUUAAUUCCAUCGAAUCCACCCCCCAAAGCCAAAGAUUUUAUUGUAUUUCCUGAUAUCGAAGAUAUUGAUAUGAAUAUGUGGAAUUCUAGUUUGAGCGAUUAUUGGCCUUCCCAGCAAAAUUUGAGUCAUAAAUUUGGCAAAAAAUUCGAAACCAUUUGGGAAAAUAUUCGUUCUGAUUUUACGUAUCCUGGAAAUUUUCCUUCAUAUAUGGAAGAGUAUGCCGAAGAAGAGGCUUUAAGAGUCGCUGGAGCUGAUGGUAACCCAGGAAAAAUCCAAUGCUUACCAUUACCAGGACCUUUCUUACCGUGUCAAGAUUUGUUCGACUGGUGGACCCUGAGAUGUGGAGUGUGGAUAGUCUUUUUAUGUGCCAUGUUAGGUAACGGAACGGUCGUUUUCGUUUUGAUAUUUUCAAGAGGAAAGAUGGAUGUUCCAAGGUUUUUGGUGUGUAAUCUUGCUGCAGCAGAUUUCUUCAUGGGCAUAUAUUUAGGUUUUUUAGCAGUCGUCGACGCAUCGACGCUCGGAGAGUUCCGGAUGUACGCAAUCCCGUGGCAGAUGUCCGCCGGUUGUCAAUUAUCCGGUUUCUUGGGCGUGCUCAGCUCGGAACUGUCAGUCUACACACUCGCCGUAAUCACUCUCGAGCGGAACUACGCCAUCACUCACGCCAUGCACUUGAACAAAAGACUUUCGCUCAAACAUGCCGGCUACAUCAUGAUCUGUGGCUGGAGCUUCGCCAUAGUCAUGGGACUUCUCCCCUUAUUCAGCGUCUCCGACUACCGUAAGUUCGCCGUCUGCCUCCCCUUCGAAACCAAAGAUGCCGCCAGCUUGACAUACGUCGUCUUCUUGAUGUUCAUCAAUGGCGUAGCUUUCCUAAUCUUGAUGGGUUGCUAUCUCAAGAUGUACUGCGCCAUUCGCGGCUCCCAAGCUUGGAAUUCCAACGACUCACGGAUCGCCAAACGGAUGGCGCUCUUAGUUUUUACAGACUUCUUGUGCUGGUCACCGAUAGCGUUCUUCUCAUUGACUGCCGCUUUCGGUCUGCAGUUAAUCUCGCUGGAACAAGCCAAAGUGUUCACUGUGUUCGUUUUACCUCUAAACUCGUGUUGUAACCCGUUUCUGUACGCUAUCUUGACGAAGCAGUUCAAGAAGGACUGUGUGAUGAUCUGUAAAGCGAUUGAAGAGAGCCGGGUUACGCGUGGCAUUGGACGGUGUCGCCAUAGUUCUAACUUUAGUAAUAGACAAACUCCGGCGAAUACUAAUAGUUUAGCUGAUAGGUCGUCCCGUGAGAACCAGAACCAUCACGUACCAACGUGUACGUGUAACGCGAAAUUGCUGGGAGAGAGAAACGCUCCUCCACAAAGGACUGACCGGAAGAAGGGAACGCGCGAGUGGUUGUUGAGCAAAGCCAGAUGGUUACUCUGUGUGAGAAGACAACCCCGUCAUAGGCCUCGCUCUGACCAGUAUACUUAUCAAAUAGCCGAAAUUCAGCAGAAGCAACACAAGAGAGCCUCUUCAGUUUCCUCUUCAGAGAACUUCAGUUCGUCACGAUCGGAUUCGUGGCGCCAUAACCACCAUUGCGGGAUUCCCUUGAGGUUAUUGGAUCCCAAACGCAGAGCAUCCUCCUGGUUGGUUACCAGAAAAACUUCACAAGACUCUAAUUUAUCGAGCUCGAGAAACGAUUCCUCUGGUUCGGCGACCACAGCUAGCACUAGCACCUGGCGGAUAUCGCGUUCGAGUGCCUCGAGCGAACCCAACAGGAUGAGAGCAAAGCCACGGUUGACACGACAGAGUGCCAUACAGGACGAAGCUGAUCUUCCGGGAUCUCCCGGCAGGUUAACUGUCAGGUUCCUGACGACUAUUCCUUCGGCUGCUGAGACCAGCAUGCAGAUGGAAGACGAGCAGCAACCAUCAAUGCUUGUAAGUCCUUCGAAGGAAAGGGAAGGUCCUUUAUACGCUAUUUUGCAUUCACAGCCGGUCACUCCGGCGAGGAGACAGUCUAUAAUUACGCUGCAUCCCCCAGAGACCAUCCAUACUACUUCUAGUCAGCCCAGUGAAGCGGGGCCAUCCAGAUAAUAAUAAAUGCAUUUAGUACCUAGGUUUACCAAAAGAGGGCGCUCUGAGUUUUGAUGCGGACAAUAGACGCCAAGUUGCGCGCGUUUCUUAGAAUUAAGUAAUUUUCGUUAAGUGUGACUUAACUGAGACAGUAUUUUCAAUAAGAGAUACAUUUUCAAGGCUCAGGGCGUAUCGCUACCAAAAUACUACCUAUUUUAGCUAUAAAUGUUUUGUAUAUUUAUUAUUUAUACGUAAUGUAAGACAGAAUGCGUGAUAAUAUGUUUAGGAUAAGUCGAAAAAUUAAUAACAAUAAGUGAUAAUUUAUAACGCAAA